CAUGGUUGCAAUUCUGUUGGAGCUGCUGCCCGGUGAUUUAAGGUGAAGGGCUGGUAGCGCUGAAUGAGACCAGCCAGUAUGAUCGAUCAAAAGAGUUCGGGUUCGAGAGGAAUAAAAUAUCUUCAAUCUGCAUAUAUCCACUGCUAGAUUUUCAUACGCUGAUCGAAUCAUCGAGGGCGAUUUCAAAAAUACUCAUCCAGAUGUCGUUGUCGUGUUCCCUAAAAUGCAAUAUUUGGACACAAUCGAGUUGUUGGAUAGCCGUGAGGAAGGAAAAAAAACGGAGAAAAUUGGAUACUGGACGUGGGUGUUCGUGGAGAGAGACAAGUAGAUACCACAUUUUUGUCAAAAUACACGCAACGUCUCACCAGUUGACACGAAAACUGCCACGUUCGCUUCAUGCAGCAGACCAGGAAAUCGCCAAAGCGGCAUAUAUAUACACGUAAGGGGAAAGAAAGAAAACACAUCAGAACUCAGAACGCGGAGAAGAGAGUAUUUCGAAUUUGAACUCUUUCACGUUUACGUACCCCCUUGUGUAGGAAAGAAGUAGGAAAAUAUGCCAGGCCUUACAAUCGGCGAUGCAGUACCCAACCUUCAAGCCGAUAGCACCCAUGGGAAGAUCAUUCUUCACGACUACAUCGGCGGCGGCUGGGCCAUCAUCUUCUCUCACCCAGGUGAUUUCACUCCGGUGUGUACCACGGAGCUAGGGAUGAUGGCUGCUUACGCAGAGGAGUUUGGUCGAAGGGGUGUGAAGCUCAUAGGAUUGUCUUGCGAUGAUGUUCAAUCUCAUACCGAGUGGAUCAAAGAUAUCGAAGCCUACAAUAAAGGAAAAAGGGUGACAUAUCCAAUACUGGCCGAUCCGAAUCGGGAGAUCAUCAAAAAGCUGAACAUGGUCGACCCCGACGAGAAAGAUUCGUCGGGGGCUCCAGUGCCUUCGCGGGCGUUGCACAUUGUCGGUCCGGACAAGAAGGUGAAGCUGAGCUUCCUGUACCCAGCAAGUACAGGGAGGAACAUGGAGGAAGUGAUGAGGGUUGUGGAGUCUCUGCAGAAGAGUGCAAAGCACAGGGUGGCGACCCCAGCGAACUGGAAGCCCGGCGACAAGUGCUUCAUUGCGCCGAAUGUGCCGAACGAGGAGGCCAAGGAGAUGUUUCCUCAAGGCUUCGAGACUGUGGAGCUUCCAUCAAAGAAGGAAUAUUUGCGUUUCACUGCUGUGUGAAUAAGAAGCAGCUAAGCUAAACUAAACUAAGGCUCUAAAAUGUGAGAGAUUUUGUGUGCAUGUGUGUGUGUAUGUGGGAAUGAGGGUCUCUCUUUGUGUGUGUGUAUGUGGGAAUGAGGGUCUCUCUUUGUGUGUGUGUAUGAGAGAUUAUGUGUAUGUGGUAUGAUGAAGCAAUAACUAACCUUAUGGUUCUCUCUGUAUUUGCAACAGAUAGAAUGGAUUAAAUAACAAAUGCCUCAUAUAUCUUAUAAGAGGCUCAAGAGGACCAUGAUCAUAUAUAUCUA